AAUGUCAUCGUCAUUAUGGGGCGGCGAACUACGUAAAGUAAGCGCUCCUCUUUUGAAAAGUCUGCAAACUGAAAUCGACCAAUUAUUAAGGCGCUUUAAGUAUGCCGAAACGGCCUUUUUGAACGUUUAUAAAAAAGUGAUUGAUUUACCAGACCCCGUAGAAGUUCUUGAACAUGUUCAACAAUUACAAAGACGUGCGCAACGAUCUAGUGAAUUGGAACUUGAAAAUAAUCAACUCAGAGACACAUUGAAUGAAUAUAAUAAUGAAUUCGCGCAAGUGAAAAAUCAAGAGGUUACGAUCAAAUCGUUGAAAGAAAAGGUUCGUUCUCUAGAGGAGGAAAUGGAAUCGAAAGUCUGUAACCAAUUAAAGGAGAGAGAACGGCAGCUGGAGCGUUCGUUUGCUGAGAAAGAGCGUGAGAUACAAGACAGUAAUUUAGACGUGGCACGAAGAUUGGGCGAAGCUGAAAGGACGAUAGAAACGCUUCGAUCCGCUCUUAGUCAGGCUCAAUCUGAGCUAUUCGACGUCAAGAGUAAAUACGACGAACGUGCAAAUGCCAAGUUAGUACCUUAUUCUAUUUAA